GUGAGGCCAUGGGCUGGUCGUUCUGCCGUCCGUUCUUUGGGUCACGAUGACCUAUGGGCCGGGCUUCGUUCCUUCCUCCCACGGAGUUUCUGACCGUUGCGCCUGCGGGGGCUGAGGCGCGGUGUCCCAGCCCCUUCCCUGGGCUCCAGACAGGCUUGCGCUGGGUCUUACUAAUGCCUGAGGGAGGUCCGCUUGCGGUUUGGCCACAAACUGACCAGCGGGAGGUGGCACUGCUGCCAGAUUUGCGCCAGUACUCGUCUCGAUGGCCAGGAAACCGAAACCCAGAGCUGUUUAGCGACUUUCUCGACGUCACACAGCGCUUUUAAUCUCCGAGUGAUGCCAUCUGCAGUUUUGUUAUCUGCAAUGAUUCUUCCCUUCGAGGCCAGCCAAUUAUCUUCAAUCCUGACUUUUUUGUGGAGAAACUCCGACAUGAGAAACCUGAGGUGUUCACUGAGUUGGUGGUCAGCAACAUCACAAGGCUUAUUGAUUUACCUGGCACUGAGUUGGCUCAGCUGAUGGGGGAAGUGGAUCUUAAGUUGCCUGGAGGGACUGGCCCAACAUCAGGAUUCUUCCGUUCUCUAAUGUCUCUUAAGCGAAAGGAAAAAGAAGUGGUAUUUGGAUCCCCACUGACAGAGGAAGGCAUUGCUCAGAUAUACCAACUGAUCGAGUAUCUGCACAAAAACUUGCGAGUAGAGGGUUUGUUUAGAGUACCAGGGAAUAGUGUCCGACAGCAGAUUUUAAGGGAUGCUCUCAAUAAUGGAACUGAUAUUGACUUGGAAUCAGGGGAGUUUCACUCAAAUGAUGUGGCCACUUUGCUGAAGAUGUUUCUAGGAGAGUUACCAGAGCCCCUGCUGACACAUAAACAUUUCAAUGCACACCUCAAAAUUGCUGAUUUGAUGCGGUUUGAUGAUAAAGGAAACAAGACCAAUAUACCAGAUAAGGAGCGGCAAAUUGAGGCUCUCCAAUUGCUCUUCCUCCUUCUACCUCCUCCCAAUCGUAACUUGCUGAAGUUAUUGCUUGAUCUCCUGUACCAGACAGCAAAGAAACAAGACAAGAAUAAGAUGUCGGCUUAUAACCUUGCCCUUAUGUUUGCCCCUCAUGUCCUGUGGCCAAAAAAUGUCACUGCAAAUGACCUUCAGGAGAAUAUUACAAAAUUAAACAAUGGGAUGGCUUUUAUGAUUAAACACUCCCAGAAACUUUUUAAGGCUCCUGCUUAUAUUCGGGAAUGUGCCAGAUUGCACUAUUUGGGAUCCAGAACACAAGUAUCAAAGGAUGACCUUGAUCUGACAGCUUCUUGUCAUACUAAGUCCUUCCAGCUGGCAAAAUCUCAGACACCGAGCCGUGUAGAUUCCUGCUGUCAUCAGGAGGAGACCCAGCAGCGUACAGAAGAGGCAUUGAGAGAGCUGUUCCAGCACGUUCACAAUAUGCCAGAGUCAGCAAAGAAGAAACAACUUAUCAGACAGUUUAAUAAGCAGUCUUUGACCCAGACACCAGUGCGAGAACCUUCUACUCCCCGUGUACAGAAGAGAGCCCGUUCACGCUCUUUCAGUGGGCUUAUUAAGCGGAAGGUCCUGGGAAAUCAGGUGAUGUCAGAAAAGAAAAGCAAGUACCCUACCCCAGAAUCUGUGGCCAUCGGUGAAUUGAAGAGAACCAGCAAAGAAAAUAUGAACUUAUUAUUUUCUGGCUCUCCAGCUGUCAUGACGACACCAACAAGACUGAAGUGGUCUGAGGGGAAGAAAGGAUUCCUCUGAAGGAUCCAGAGUUCUCCUGUCGUCCACCCAGAAGUUUAUUUUUAGUGGGCGUUAUUACUACUCAUAGCAAAGCUUGAACUUGCAGUUUGCUUGCUGCAUUUUGAAUUACGAAAGCCAACUAAUCCCGUGUCCUGACUGAUACCUCUAAUCCCACUCACUGGAUGAUAUGUUUGCAAGCUGUGCCUUCUGAGAGAGUGCUAGGCACACACUCUCUCCCUCUUAUUUAAUACUAGGGGAAACCACUAACCAACCAAUAAGCUUAUACAGCACAGUAAGUGGGCAGAACCAGGCGGGCUCCAGUGCUCAUUCUGUGUGUGUAGGCAGGUUCCAUUUUUUUAAAAAACAUGAAAUCUGUGCUUAACUGCCAGUGGGUUUUUUUUUUUUUUUUUAAGUACUGUCAAUCCUAGUGGAUUGAUGUUAGUUUGUUCAUUUUCAUGGAUAACUUUGGUUUUUAUCUGUUUUGAUAGUGUUGGGGGGGUAUUUGGUUAUUGUUUUUAUUUGUUUGUUAUUUCUUUGUUUUAAAAGCCAUUUUAUUGGAUGCAUUUAUUUUCAGCUAGAUGCCUUUCACUCUUUUUCACCUUUAGCUUUAGGAAAGCUCUUUAUCUCAUGAAGCUAUAUUCCUUAGUACCUUAUUUAUGUCCAAAGAAUUUAUAACUUUUCUAGAAAUUUUUUAUUAUUUCUUGGGUCUGAGAUUGAAGGGUACUUGACCUGAGGUACUGAAAAAGAAUUAAGAAUGAUACACUAUUUUAACAAAUUUCAAUUAUUAUAUUGUUUUUCUUCCCUCCUUUCAUUCCUCCCUCCCUCUCUUCUGUCUUUGCCUUUCUUCCUCUUUCCUCAGUGAUGCAAAAAUAAUUGGUUGCUGAAAUUAUUUCCUUCAUUCAGUUUACUCUUGACUAAAACGUCUCUGGUGCCAAUGUAGUACUUGUGGACCAAAUCACUGUGGCUCAAGAAAAGUCACUGACAGCUUAAUAGAGGUUUGGUGAAAUAUUUGUAUGUAAUGGGAACCUCUGGAAUGUGCCUAGAAGGCAGCUGGCUGCCUUUCUGUCCCAGAUGACUCUCUAUAGGUGGGAUCACACUGCAUCUUCCAAGGGAUCAGGUAUUCAGGCUUGACAGUCUUCUGAGAACAAGUUGGAAUCAGAGGAAAGGAAGCAGCAAUCUCUGUAGGGCAGAUGGGACUUAAAGAAGAGACUGUUCUUAUUUGGAAGCAGUUGUGACUUACUACCAAUGUUCUAGGGGCAGUUGCUGCACCAGCCCUCUCUUUGUACGAGUAGGCAAAGGUAAUUUGGAGAUGGAGAUGGGGCUGGAGCUUUUAGCUUGCAGGUUGGGUGUGUUCAUGUAUGUUGGAGGGGAGCAAUGGUGUGGCUUUGAUCUAGUAUGAAGUAGCCCCUACCCAGAGAGCAGCACGUGGCAGGUAAGAACGUUCAGGUUUGUGCCUGGCUGCAUUAAGCUGUGUAACCAUUCUCAUCCUGUUGGCUGGAGCUGAGUCAGGCCACUACCGGGAAGCAGUUACCCAGCAAAAUAUGGUUUGUGACCUAUUUUUAAACUAUUGAACAUGCUGCAUUAUUGCUGAAAUGAAAGAUGACUCUGGGGCAGCAGAGUCUGGCUUUGUGUCUGGCUGUCAGCCCUCCCUUCCAUGCUUUCUGUUUCUUUAGUUGCUGUAAUAGCAAUAGUGAAGACACAUGUUAAAAUUUGGCCUUCCAAUGUGGUAGACUAUGAACAGUAGAUGUUUAGAAGUAUAAAUCUGCUUAAAAGUCUUUCUCUAGAGCAGUUUUAUGUAAUUCUUUAAAAAGUACUCAUUAACAUUCAUUUGUAUAGAUUUCUAUUUGACUUUUUUUCUUAUUGAGAAAAGAUAAAAUUCUUUCUAGCUAAUAUCAAUAAUUCAAUCAGAAAUUCCAAAUUGGAGUAAAGUUCUCCCUUAAUAGAGUAUUUCCUGUCUUUAUUCAUCUAAGUGUGUCUUGGAGUGGUUGUGUGGUCUGUUAAAGAUUGGCUGGCAUCAGGUAGAGCAGAAAGUGACCUCAGGCCUCCUUGUCAUUGAGUUAGUUUUGCUUCAGGAAGGUAGCUCAGAUUUAGGAGGUGCUCUUUGGGUGAAUGGACUCAGUAAAUGAGAGUUGCGUUCUGGGCGAGGGUAGUGAGAGAUGUUUAUCGCAUGCACAUGCUUUUAUUUGGCUGGUCCCCUAGAUCAGUUGGUGUGUGUAUUUGGGUGUAUGUGGUCUGUUUAUUUAUUGAAUAUGCUUUCCCUUGCUUUCAUGGUUUUAUAGGUCAUUUUUCUCAUAAAAGCUGUGAUCCAGUUAGAAUCCAAAUUUGAGGAGUAAGCAGCAUAAUCUUCUACCUUGUACUAUGUAACUAUUUUAAAGAUAUUUUAAAGAUUCCACAUGUGGAAUCUUAUGGAAAACUCAGACAAAAACCCUUUAUCAGUGGCCACAGUGGAAUGCUGUCUCCCUUCCAACUUGGGCAGGUGGGCAGGUAUUAUAAUAUUUUAGAGCCAGUAUUUAACAAGUUUUUUUUUUUUUAAUCUAUAAGGUCAUUAAAAAUCUGUUUUGUUACAUUUAUUUUUCAUGUUGGAACAAUCUCUUUGGAAUUGCCUCUUUUUAUGGCUUUUAACAUUUUGUUUCUUCCUGGGGGUUAACUGCAAUUGGUUUUGAUGUAGUAUUAAUAUGAGGCAUUGUAUUUGAACUAGUGGGAUAUAAGAUAAAAAAACGAAGACCACUUUCUUGACCUGCACUUUGUGAGCUACACUGUUUGAAUUAGUGAAAACCAUAGGGACUGGAGUUUCUCACCUUUUACAGUAGUGAACUUUUGUACUAGGACUAGUAAAUCUGGUUUGAAAAACCCCAGUACAAGAGUGAAAGGGGAUGAGGAGAAUAGUGAUUGUACCUGGGUGUCAAAAUAUAUGAAAGGGACAAGUAAUGAGUCAUAACUGAAACCACAGUUGAUAGUUGAUCUUCCAGAAAGGAAAGCUCUUUACCCUGAAUGUCCUUCAGAGUCAUUCAGAAAUGAAGAAGGAAUACCUUUGGGGAAUGAGGUCAUGCAAAGCGUUGACUGGUGACUACUAGGAGCUCCAGAUUUGGUGGUUUUGUUUGGCCUGCAAGGAAACCAGUUGAUUCCAGAGUGUCAGAGCAGGGCCAUUUUCUCCUCCCAAAUAGGAAUGUUCCUGUUCAGCUUCUUUCACAAGACCCCAUGUUAGCACAAGGUUUAAAAUGCUGCCUUCUAAGAGAACCUGUGAUCACUGGGACUGUGCUGUACAGUGACUGGCCAUGUGACCAGGUAUAACUGGGAAGCCAUCUUUGGGAAUGGGUGUUUGUGGACUUUCUGCUUACUUCCUAAAGGGCCUCACAUUAGCUUGCAGCUGAUGGCUCUCAUUCUGAGGUCGUAUCUAUCAGGAACUCCUUUCCCCAGGAGAGAGCAUCAUCUUUGCCCUCUUCCACCCUAAACCCUUUAUAUUGAAGAUAGAACCUAGAUUUAAACCUGGAUACCAGCAUUUGGCAGGAUUGCCUUAGAAUUUUGGGAAGAUUUGGGUUCCUUAGCUGCACAAGCUUUAUAAACCAGUAGUGAUUAAUUCAGUGUAAAACUCACUGUAGAAUGUUAGCUUUCCUAGAUAGCUAGUGCUGAGAUCUUUCUACUGGUGUAGCUGAUGGAGCUAGAGAGGAGGUGGAUUGCAUAGUAGCCUGAGUGCUUGGAUUACCAUGGAAACUGGAGUAUGUGACUGCCCAUGCUAAAGAGCCAUUGAGCACUCCCCUAGACAUGUUUGGGGACCAGCAGAACCUGUCAGGAAAACAUUGCUUUAUCCCCGGGUUCUUCAUAGCAAGUAUUGCCUUUGUACUACUAUCCCUGAAUUCACUCAGCAAGAGAAACCAGGUUUCUUAACUGUUUCAUCAUUUAAAAAUUUGUUGUUUUUAUUUGACUAUAUAUAUGUAAUUGUAAAGAAACAAUUUUAUGUAUUGUGUUUCUUUUAUAUUCAUGUAAUAUUUUGAAAUUAAAUUUCUUUUUGUUUGA